UCAGAGCCGCGCACGGGACCGGGAAGGGGACCCAUCCGAGGGUCCAGCCGUCAGCCCCCGCACUCCCAGCGGCCACGCCGGCAGCGGCGGCAGCGGCAGCGGCCCAGCGGCGACAGCUCGGAGCCGGGAGGCCGCGCCACCCGCGGGCCGGCCGGAGCGGGCAGCCCCAGGCCCCCUCCCCGGGCACCCGCGUUCAUGCAACGCCUGGUGGCCUGGGACCCAGCAUGUCUCCCGCUGCCGCCGCCGCCUGCCUUUAAAUCCAUGGAAGUGGCCAACUUCUACUACGAGGCGGACUGCUUGGCUGCUGCGUACGGCGGCAAGGCGGCCCCCGCGGCGCCCCCCGCGGCCAGACCCGCGCCGCGCCCCCCCGCCGGCGAGCUGGGCAGCAUCGGCGACCACGAGCGCGCCAUCGACUUCAGCCCGUACCUGGAGCCGCUGGGCGCGCCGCAGGCCCCGGCGCCGGCCACGGCCACGGACACCUUCGAGGCGGCUCCGCCCGCGCCCGCCCCCGCGCCCGCCUCCUCCGGGCAGCACCACGACUUCCUCUCCGACCUCUUCUCCGACGACUACGGGGGCAAGAACUGCAAGAAGGCGGCCGAGUACGGCUACGUGAGCCUGGGGCGCCUGGGGGCCGCCAAGGGCGCGCUGCACCCCGGCUGCUUCGCGCCGCUGCACCCGCCUCCGCCGCCGCCGCCGCCGCCGCCCGCCGAGCUCAAGGCGGAGCCGGGCUUCGAGCCCACGGACUGCAAGCGGAAGGAGGAGGCCGGAGCGCCGGGCGGCGGCGGCGCCGCAGGCAUGGCGGCGGGCUUCCCGUACGCGCUGCGCGCCUACCUCGGCUACCAGGCGGUGCCGAGCGGCAGCAGCGGCAGCCUCUCCACGUCCUCGUCGUCCAGCCCGCCCGGCACGCCGAGCCCCGCCGACGCCAAGGCGCCCCCGGCCGCCUGCUACCCGGGGGCGGCGCCGGCGCCCUCGCAGGUCAAGAGCAAGGCCAAGAAGGCGGUGGACAAGCACAGUGACGAGUACAAGAUCCGGCGCGAGCGCAACAACAUCGCCGUGCGCAAGAGCCGCGACAAGGCCAAGAUGCGCAACCUGGAGACGCAGCACAAGGUCCUGGAGCUCACGGCCGAGAACGAGCGGCUGCAGAAGAAGGUGGAGCAGCUGUCGCGCGAGCUCAGCACGCUGCGGAACUUGUUCAAGCAGCUGCCCGAGCCCCUGCUCGCCUCCUCCGGCCACUGCUAGCGCGGCCGCCCUGCGGGCCGCGGGACUGCGCCGAGCGCCGGCCCCGGCCCGGCCCCGGGGCGCUCGGCCGCGCGCGCGGGGAGCCCGCCGGCGACUUGGCUACUUUCUGUCUGUCUGUUUGCGGCCGCAGCCACCGCGCGCCGCGGCGGUUGAGGAAGACGCGUGUGCGCGCACGGACGGACGACGGGCGCUCUCCGCUGCCGCUCCGCGGGCGCCGGCGGGCGGGCCGCUCUCGAAGUUGAUGCAAUCGGGUUCAACAUGGCUGAACGCGGGCGCACACGACCCUGACGCAACCCACGUGCAACUGUCAGCCGGGCCCUGAGUAAUCAGCCAGCGAUGUUCCUGCGGGGUUGUUGCUGUCCAUGUUGUUUUUGUUUUUGGUUUUUUUUUUUUUGGUCUUUUUUUUGUAUUAUAUAAAAAAUAAUCUAUUUCUAUGAGAAAAGAGGCGUCUGUAUAUUUUGGGAAUCUUUUUCCGUUUCGAGCAUUAAGUGAGAAUACUUUGAAUAAACUUUUUUUUGAGAAUGGUUACAAA